CAAGCUGAUUCGAGUUCAUUGGUUAAUAACAAUCCAAAAGUCUAAUGUUGUCACGAGGGGUUAGGUAGGCUGCGAGGUUUGAAUAGGGAAGGCUACGGGGUAGGCUACUUGCUUCACAUUUAGUUUAGUGUUUGCAAAUAGAGAACCUUACCUUAUACACCAGUGAGGAGCAGCGGUCCUGUCAUCCGGGAAGCAAAACAACGCUUGUUCAGUGCGCUUUGCAUGUGCAAGUAAAACACGGAUACUUGUCUUUUCGAGAUAUUUCUAACACCUUUAUCUUAAAUAAAAUAUUCAAGUUCAUCUGUUCAGACCACAUUUGGAAUUUGAAAUGGAUCUACCCAUGUGCAGCAUCUUUCAAGAACUUCAGAUUGUACACGACACUGGCUACUUUUCAGCCUUACCAUCGCUGGAGGAAUAUUGGCAGCAGACAUGUUUGGAAUUGGAGAGGUAUCUACAGAGCGAGCCUUAUGUCUCAACAACAUCCGACAUCAAGUUUGAAACACAGGAGCAUGACCUCUGGAGCAAGCUGAUCCUGGCCUGCGGGGAUAAAGCGAUCGACUCUGACCCAAAGACCCCUCUGGUCAAGGAGGAGGACAAUCAAGAUAGCCAAAUCUUGGAAACGAACAGUGUAAGCUCCGAUGCCAGCAGUGACGCAUCAGACAGUUCUGAGGAGCUCUCGCCAACACACAGCUUUACCUCGAAUCCUCUCGGGUCGGUUCUGGCCGGUUCUGGACCUUUUAGCCCUUCUAUCAUUAGCACUCCGCCAUCCUCCCCUGAGGUCAGCUCGGAACCCGGCAUCUCGCAAGUGUGGACAAGCGCACACACAGAAUUGCACUUGCCGGUGAAAAUCCGAACCACUGGCAUUGGGAAGAACUCCGAAAAGACUGGGCUGGUGGUCGGAGAUGCUUCGCCAGACGGGAGGAGGCGGGUGCACAGGUGUCACUUCAACGGAUGCCGCAAGGUUUACACAAAGAGUUCCCACUUAAAAGCACACCAGCGCACACAUACAGGUGAGAAACCAUACAGGUGUUCAUGGGAGGGGUGUGAGUGGCGAUUUGCACGAAGUGAUGAGCUAACCAGACACUUCAGGAAGCACACUGGGGCCAAGCCAUUUAAAUGCAGUCACUGUGACAGGUGUUUCUCUCGGUCCGAUCAUCUGGCCCUCCACAUGAAGAGACAUCUCUGAGUGGGCCCGAGAGUAACGUUGUGAGCCGUUUAGCUGAACGAACGCAGCGAAGGGAAAUGUCGUCUCCUAACCGGCCUUCUGGUUGAACUGCCCUUGUGAGGAGCGAGCUAGGAGAGCGUGUUCCAGCCAAAGCAUGCCAUUUUGCACCUUACCCAGUGCCUCCAGGAUGGAUGGACCCCUUGUAGAAGGAAGGUGCUGUGAAGGUUGCCUGUCCAAAAACAACAGAUGACAAAAUCAUGUAUGGACAGAGGGGAAAAAGCCAAUAUAAUUGAGGGACUUGAAAGAAAAGCGAGAAUAAAAUACAAAAAAAUGAACAAAAAUGUAAUAAAUGAAUGAACUGUAUGUGUGGUUGGUGCAUGAUGUUUUUGAGAUGGAGCGGCUGUCUCCUGGACAACCGAUACACUGGUACUUCUUUACAAGAACUGUGGUCUGAGGUAAGCAUGUGUGGACUGUGAGUGUCUGACUGGGUUGACUGGCCUGUGUGCAAAGAGGGUAAAGCAAAGGCUGUUCUGGUACCAGUGUUGCUGUGGUCUGAAUGGUGUCAGGGAACAGGUUAUAAUUUUUUUUCCUUUUGUGAGUACGGUGUGUGAGAAACAGUCUAUCUGCCUGACUGUCAAGCAGAACUCGGACUUGUGAAGAUUUGGGGUUUCUUGCUGAAAGCCUUGAGGGGUUGUGGUAGGAGUGAUGACAUGAUUGUGUUUUCCCCCUUCAGUCAGCAGACCAGGCCAGGGCAAAAACCCCACAACGUGAGUCCUGUGUGAGCGGAGCUUAUUUUGGUGUUUGGUGCAGCUAAUAAAUGUGCAAUGUGUUACGUAGCUUGUUCUUCACAACAAGGCUACAGAAGCUCAUUUUUAGUCCAAUGUAUAAGCUGUGUGCUUAGAGGUAUAACACAACUAUACUAUAACUUCAUCAUAGACAGGUGUUGCAUGGUUCUAGGGUUUGUUCUAUUCCUGUUAUUCUGUAAUCAGGACUGCAAAUAGAUUCCAAUAAAAGUGCAGCUAAAUACGAACGGUUAAAUGUUACAAUAUUGUACAUAAAGCCUUGAUUUUUAUUUUAUAACUUCAGUACUUUUGCUUUCUUACUCUCUUGUUGGCUUGAGAAACCACUACUGCUUAUUUAGCAACUGAAUUAUUCAUUCAUGAUGCUAUAUGAUUUUUUUUCUUCACUCAUCUAUGCCUUGGACUAUUGAUUUUCUACCUGAUAAUGCACUGUUGAUGACCUUAAUGGUGCCUUAUACAAGUGACCUAGCCUUGUGGGUUGGUUUUCUCUUGGGGGUGG